UCACGAGAGCAAACACGGCUCACCAACUUUUCUGUCUUUUGUUAUAUUGUUUUGAGUUUUAGUGUGAAGUCAAAACUCGCGACGGAGACAAAUGGCUCGUCAGUUUUGCGGCGGUUUAGGUUAGGACAGUUUUGAACUCGGAAAGUGGAUUUUGUAGAAAUUCGUGCCACAACUUCAAACAAAACCAACGGCGGAAGAAGUUGAAGCCGAGAUAAAGAAUCUGGAUCAGCUUUGCUUCCUUGCUUCCUAUCAAGGUCCAAGUCAAGAUGUCCGUCAGUAACCACGAAAACCGAAAGUCUCGUUCUAGUUCCGGCUCCAUGAACAUCCAUCUCUUCCACAAGACAUCCCACGCUGACAGCCUGUUGACUCAACUCAACCUACUACGCAAACGAAAAGUCUUCACAGAUGUUUUGCUAAAGGCCGGAAACCGGACUUUCCCUUGCCACCGGGCUGUCCUGGCCUCCUGUUGUCGAUAUUUUGAGGCCAUGUUCAGUGGCGGACUCAGGGAGAGCCGUGACGCUGAAGUCAACUUCCAUGACUCUCUCCAUCCGGAAGUGCUGGAGCUCUUGCUUGACUAUGCCUACUCAGCGCGAAUCAUAAUUAACGAGGAAAAUGCAGAGUCACUCCUGGAGGCGGGCGACAUGCUUCAGUUCCACGACAUUAGGGAUGCAGCGGCAGAUUUUCUAGAAAAGAACCUCCACCAGUCCAACUGUCUGGGGAUGAUGUUGCUGUCAGAUGCUCACCAGUGCCAGAGACUGUAUGAGCUGUCGUGGCGAAUGUGCUUGGCAAAUUUUGCUACCCUCUACAAGACAGAGGACUUCCUGAACUUGCCCAGAGACAAAGUCCAGGAGCUGAUCCUCAGUGAGGAACUGGAGGUGGAGGAUGAGAGCCUGGUGUACGAGGCAGUUAUCGACUGGGUCAAGGCGGACAUGGAACAGCGGCACAGUGAGCUGCCUGAGCUGCUGCGCUGUGUCCGUCUGGCGUUGCUCCCCGAGACGUACCUGCUGAAAAACGUUGCUUCGGAGGAGCUGGUCAUGUGUCACAAAGUUGGCAGGGAGAUCGUCGAAGAUGCCGUGCGGUGUAAGAUGAGGAUCCUCCAGAACGACGGUAUAGUAACAGGGUUCUGUGCCCGGCCAAGAAAGGUCAGCCAGGCCCUGCUACUCCUGGGAGGACAGACAUUCAUGUGUGAUAAAGUCUACGUGAUUGACAACAAGACCAAGGAGAUCACCCCCAAAACAGACAUCCCAAGCCCCAGAAAAGAAUGCAGCGCCUGUGCCAUUGGCUGCAAGGUUUAUGUUACAGGAGGACGUGGCUCAGAGAACGGGGCCUCCAAAGAUGUCUGGGUGUACGACACAUUACAUGAUGAAUGGUCCAAAGCUGCACCCAUGUUAGUAGCUAGAUUUGGACAUGGGUCUGCGGAGCUCGACCACAUGCUAUUUGUUGUGGGAGGACACACUUCCCUGGCAGGAUCCUUCCCUGCAUCUCCAUCUGUGUCUCUCAAACAGGUGGAGCAGUACGAUCCUCAGACUAACAAAUGGACCCUCGUGGCUCCGCUCAGAGAAGGUGUGAGCAAUGCUGCUGUUGUCGGUGCCAAAAACAAACUCUUUGCCUUUGGUGGAACCAGUGUAAACAGAGACAAAUAUCCUAAGGUGCAGUGUUUUGACCCUUGCCAGAACCGGUGGUCAGUACCGGCCUCCUGUCCACAACUGUGGCGCUACACGGCAGCAGCUGUGGUCGGCAACAACGUUGUCGUGAUUGGGGGCGACACAGAGUUCUCAGCCAGCUCUGCAUACAGGUUCAACAGUGAGACGUACCAGUGGUCAAAGUUUGGUGACGUAACAGCAAAACGGAUCAGCUGUCAUGCAGUGGCAUCAGGAAACAGACUAUAUGUGGUCGGGGGUUACUUUGGGGCUCAGAGGUGUAAAACACUAGACUGUUAUGAUCCAUCAUCAGACUCUUGGGACAGUGUUACCAGCGUGCCCUACUCACUCAUUCCCACCGCCUUCGUCAGCACAUGGAAGUACCUCCCAGCCUAGAGACAUGCUGACUCUGAGGUUUCAACGGUCAACCGUGGUGUCUGGUAUGCAGGCAUGUGUCUCCCUUCACUGGCUACAGCAAGGAGGAGGAGGAAGAGGAAGGGUUUCUGAGUUCCUGCUGCGGGUUCAUCCAGCCUGAUUCAGUAUCUUCAGUAGUGGACUGGAGGCUUGAUUCCUGGAAACAGCCCAGGGACUGGAAGUCUCCUCAUCUGCCUGGCCCCGGCCUCUCUCCACCUGAUCUGUUGACUCAUACUUGUUGUGUAACUUUCCCAUGUAGCCACUGCAGGGUCUUCACAGUCGCCUCUGUAUAUCAUGCCAACCACAGCCAGGAAAAAGAUAGCAGAGACGUGUGCUCUCGGCAUGAGGAAUGUUUGGUCUGCCUUGGAGUGGUCUCUGCACACACACUUCUCUCUUUUCACUUCCUGAGGCUUAUAAGCUACUGUGACUGUAUCAGCCGUGUACUGCUCAACUGACUCAUCAUCAAACAUCAUCCCACCAGUAGAUAAGCAGUUCAACUGGCAUGUUGUUUUA